CCUCAACGGCCAACUGCUGCCCCUCUCCUGUGCUCUAGUAGCUCUCCGAUCGCCUCAGAUCCUCAAUACCAGCAGACCUUGACUGCUUUCAGGUCCAAGCUGUGGGGCAUCCUGGAGGGAACCUUUCCCCCGACUUUUCCAGAAAUCUGCCAGACAUCUCAUUUCCUCAGGGUCACCACUCAAUAGUUCCUCCUCUGCUCUGGGUACCCACAAAUUGGACAAUGAGGCUGGUCACGGCAGUCUUGUGGCUGGGCCUCCUGAUGGUGGCCACCGGAGAUGAUGAGGACAGCUCCUGUAUCUAUGAGCCCCUGUCUGAUGAAGACGCCAUACUAUGCAAUAGGGGCCUUGAGGUUUUCUACCCCGAAUUGGGGAACAUCGGCUGCAUGUUCAUUCCGGACUGCAACGACUACAGACAGAAGAUCACCCAAUGGUCCAAACCCACAGUCAAGUUCUCUGAUGCCUUGGAUGAUGCAAAGUACAUCCUGGUGAUGGUGGAUCCGGACGCGCCCAGCAGGUACAAUCCCAGAGCAAGAUUCUGGAGACACUGGCUGGUGACAGAUAUCGAGGGUACCAACCUGAAGAGAGGGAUGAUUCAAGGCCGGGAAUUAUCAACCUACCAGCCUCCCUCUCCCCCGGUUCACAGUGGCUUCCAUCGCUACCAGUUCUAUCUCUACCUUCAGGAAGGAAAGACCAUUAACCUCCUUCCCAAGGAAAACAAAACGCGAGGCUCUUGGGAAAUGGACAAAUUUUUGUACCGCUUCCACCUGAACGAGCCUGAAGCAAGCACCCAGUUCAUGACACAGAACUACCAGGACUCAUCGACGUUCCAAACUUCCCAGGCAGGUGGCAUCUAGGCCAAGAGGGAACUGCUUGCUGGGCCACAAGCUUCACUGUCCAAGUGUGUGUCCACAAUAGUCUGGGGACAGGACCAUUUCUGGGUAUGGAUCCCUUCUUGUCCAAAUUUUUAAAAAUAAAAAUAAGAAGUCAUCCAGUUACA